AGCCCCCUUGAAUACGUUACAUGAGUAACGUCGCUAGCAGAAGCUGUUCUGUCAAAUUAGAGAAUAGAAAUUGCUUUUUAUUUUAAAUGACAAAUUUUCUAUUUAAUCUAGAAUAUAAGUUGUAUUGAAAAAUGGAAAACGAUAGCCCUGUAAUAUACGGACUUGAGUUUCAAAGUAGAGCAUUGUCAGCUCAAACAGCAGAAACAGAUAUUGUCAGAUUUCUAGUAGGCACACAGUCAUUGGAAUUUAAUAACAAUCAAGUUCAUGUAGUGGAAUUGCAUGAAAAAACAGGUGGUUUAAGGACACAAGUGUUUCACCAUCCUAUUGGAGAAAUUUGGUGCUUGCAAGCAUCUCCAGCAGAUCCUAAUGUGUUCAUUACUUGCUAUAAUACUUUAAGUGACGAUGGCAGUUGUCAAAUGAAAGGAGCUAUUUGGAAAUUACCAGAAUUAAAUGAAUAUACAAAUGAUGUUGAGAACCUUCUGAAACUAGCUGACAUUGAUACAACACCAUAUGGGACAGACCUCAAAACUAUUGCCUAUCAUCCUACUGAUGCAACACAAGCGGUCUCAAUUGUAGAUAAUAAUUUUGUAUUAUGGGAUUUAAGUAACAGUGGACCACAGGUUUUAGCUUGUGGCACUUUAGCUAGUAAGGGACAACCACGUUUUACAAAUGGAAAGUGGAAUCCUCAUAAUGGUUGCAAUCAAUUCGUGACGUUAAAUGAAAACAAUGUUCGUGGAUGGGAUUUUAGAAUUCCUUCUGAACCAUCAUGGACAAUUCUAAAUGCACAUUCACAAAUUAUUAGGGAUCUAGACUUCAAUGCCAAUCGUCAAUACAUCUUAUCAACUUGUGGAGAUGAUGGAUACAUGAAGUUCUGGGAUAUUAGAUCACCUGCAGAACCAGUAUUAUCACGUUCAGAGCAUUCACAUUGGGUGUGGAAUAUCAGAAUUAAUCGAUUUCAUGAUCAACUAGUAUUGACUUCUAGUAGUGAUUCAAGAGUCAUACUUAGUAAUAUUGCUUCCAUUUCUUCUGAACCUUUUGGAAAUAUAGUAACCCCUGAAGAUGACAGUACACAAAAUGACUUUACUUGCAAGAAAGAAAAAUUGGAGGAUGGAGUCAUAGGCAGAUACGAAGAGCAUGAAGACAGUGUUUAUGCAGUUGAAUGGUCAUCUGCAGAUCCUUGGACUUUUGCAUCAUUAAGUUAUGAUGGCAGACUAGUUCUUAAUAAAGUUCCCAGGAAGUAUAAAUACCAAAUAUUACUUUAAUAUCAAAUUUUAGCAUCAAAUUAAAUUAAACAAACUUUAUAUAUAUUUCAAAAA